CCGAAGCACUCGUGGCGGAAACAAACUUCCAUCGCUUCCCCCCUGCUUCCUCCCUCGCAUCUGCUCUUCGCCAAAUCGUCGGCCACCUCGCGAGCUCCUGCACGCCGCCGCGUAGAUCUGGUGGGUGGGUCGCGGUCGCGGCCGCUUCCAACGCGCGGUUCUAGAAGCUUCUGCGGCGGUGGAGGGGGAGGAAGAGCGCGGGGAGGGAGAGGUGGCCGCGGUCGCGGGGUACGUGCGCUGGCGUUAGGGUUCGGGGAAACCCUAGCCGCCGCGCGAUGGCUUCGUACAGGCCGUACGCCCCGCCGCCGCAGCAUCCCCCGCCGCCACCACCGCAGGGCGGUUUCCCGCCGCAGAUGAACCCGUUCGCGCCACCGCCGCCGCAGCAGGCGCUGUACGGCCGCAUGCCGGCGCCGCCUUACCACGCGGCGCCCCCGCCGCCGCCCGGCCCUCCGCCCCCGCACCAGCCGCAGUUCAACUUCGGCCCCGGGCCCCCGCAGCAGCAGCCCCCGCCUCCACCUCCGCCGCAGAUGUACUACCAGCCCCCGCCGCCGCCGUACGGCGGGAACAGCAACCCACCGCCCCCUCCCCCUUCGGCCCCGCCCCCGCCGCCGUCCCCUCCCGCUUCAGCGCCGCCCCCGCCUCCACCACCGCCGGUCCAGCAGCUGCCUGCCCAGGCCCCGCCUCCCCCGAAGGAGCAGCAGCACAAGGCGGCACUGCCGAAGGUGGAGACAGAUGAGGAGCGGCGCGCGCGGAAGAAGCGCGAGUUUGAAAAGCAGCGGGUGGAGGAACGGAAGCAGCAGCAGCUGAUGCGCCAGACGCAGGCCACCAUUCUGCAGAAAACGCAGCAGGUGCGUGCCGCGCAGCAGCCGCAGCCGCAGCCGCAGAGCCGCCACCACCAGCCACCGGGUGGCUCCCGCGCAGCGGCAACUGGUUCUCGCCUAGCCUCAGUGCCGAAUGUUGAGAGGUUCGAGAAUCGGCUCAAAAAGCCAACAACGUUCCUCUGCAAGCACAAGUUUAGGAAUGAACUGCCAGACCCAAGUGCUCAACUGAAAUGGUUGCCACUGAGUAAGGAUAAGGACCGAUAUACCAAAUACAGGAUCACUUCAUUGGAGAAAAACUACAUGCCUAAAAUGAUUGUCCCUGAGGAUCUUGGGGUACCUCUUGACCUACUUGAUAUGAGUGUGUACAACCCUCCUGCUGUUCAGCCGCCCAUGGCUCCAGAAGAUGAAGAGCUAUUGCGUGAUGAUGAGGUCCUCACCCCUAUUAAACCUGAAGGUAUAAGGAAAAAGGAGAGGCCCACUGACAAAGGUGUUUCUUGGCUGGUCAAAACACAAUACAUAUCUCCACUCAGUACUGAUGCAGCCAAAACGUCUCUUACUGAGAAGCAAGCAAAGGAAAGGCGAGAAUCAAGGGAGGGUCGCAAUGCUUUCUUGGACAAUCUUAAUGAUAGAGAGAAACAGAUCAAAGCCAUUGAAGAAUCCUUCAGAGCAGCUAAAUCCCGUCCUGUUCAUCAGACUAAACAUGGGAUGCAACCCGAGUGGGUUAUGCCUUUGCUACCUGAUUUUGAGAGGUACAAGGAUCCGUUUGUUAUGGUGAAUUUUGAUGGAGAUCCUACCGCUGAUUCUGAGCAGUAUAGCAAGCUAGAGAGACCCGCACGUAAUGAAUGUGAAUCCUGGGCUGUGAUGAAAAGUUUUAGUGUCAAUGGUUCAGACCCUACAAAACAAGAGAAAUUUUUAGCAUACAUGGUCCCAUCGGCCCAUGAGCUUGCCAGGGACUUGGAUGAUGAAAAUGAUGAUAUCCAGUACUCCUGGCUUAGAGAAUAUCACUGGGAAGUAAGAGGAGAUGAUAAAGAUGAUCCAACAACAUACCUUGUCACAUUUGAUGAGGAUGAGGGUGCAAAAUAUUUGCCUCUUCCUACCAAGCUAGUCUUGCAGAAGAAGAAAGCAAAAGAGGGGAGGUCUGGGGAUGAAAUUGAGCAUUUUCCAGUGCCUUCCCAAAUUACUGUGAGCAGGACAGUUCAUAGUGGUACCAUGGAACGUGGAGAAUCUUCUAGCAUGCAUGAGAAUUUAAAGCGACUAAGAUCUCCCGUUGAUGAUGAUCUUGAUGAGCAUCCAAAGCAUUUUCGGGUAGAAGAUAUUGACCAAUAUAGUGGAGAAGAAUAUUCUGAGUGAUCAAUUGAUAAAUCAUUAUUAUCUUGCACCAACAAAUUUGAUCAGCACAUAUGACGCUUUAAAGAUCUCAUAUGGAUAUGCUGUGGUGCCUUCACAUGUGGUUCGAAGGUGCAUGAUCGAUGAAAUGAAAGAACAUGCCCGGCAAUCUGAGUGUGUUUGGACAAGGACAGGUUUUUGAAGCGCAGAGUAUGCGAAGCAAAGCUGAGUGUAACCGGACUUUGAUCUCCGUAGUGAUGUAGAAAAUGUGGCAUCAUUGUAAAGAAGUCUUAGAGUGGUUCUCAACUUUUUGUUUUGAAUACAGAGAUACAGAUCACCAUUUUGCAUUUGUUUUGAUUUUUCUUCCCCAUUUGAUUGUGUAAGUACAACAAUUUAUUUAUGUUAGGGCGGACAGAUUGUAUUA